CAAGUAAAAGUUUUUAUGUACAUCAUUUACAUGUAACAAUACAAAAUAACAGAGUAUAAACUUAUAAAAGUUCGAUUAUUUGAGUAAAAAUAAUAAAUAUUUAUUACAAAAAUGUCGGUAGACGGUGUUGGUAACGAUUUACAAAUUAUUUACGAAUUACGUUGGAAAAGUGAUAUUGGUAAUAGGUACAAUACAGAUAAAGUAAAUAUUAUGGGUAUUUUAGAUACAGCUGAUACUUGUGCUGAUUGGACCUCAUUUAAAUCGUAUUUGAUGCAAAAUUCUGGCGCAAAUGAAGAUACAAUAAUUGCAUAUGUUGAUAAUGACGGUGAAGAGAUUCAAAUAAAUAGUGAAAAUUAUCAAUCAACAUUAGAAUAUUGUAGAGAGAAAGCACGUAAACACGAGAAAGUUAUAUUAGUAUUAAAGAAACCGAAAUCCAUGAAAGAACAUAAACAUAGAAGCUUACACGAUAGAAUGAAACACCAUCAUGAGAAAAUCAUUGGUAAUGGACGCCGUCAUCAUGAAUUCUGUACACGACGACAUGUUCCAAAUCCAUUUCAAUUUAUGACUGAAUAUUCUGAUUCGGAGGCUGAGAUGAUGCGAGAAGGAGAAGAUGAACAACCGCCAUUGUGGUUUAUCAAAUAUAUGAGCAGGUUUAAGGCAGAUGUUGGUGAUUUAAUUAUGGAGGCAAUGUUAAUGAUGGCAAAUGGCGAACUUGAAGGUAAAUGGCAAAUGGCAAUGGCCAAUUUUAAUCCACCAACAGAACAAGUUCAAGUUGUUAAUGAUAAAAAGAAAAGUAAGAAGAAAUUUUGUGACGAAGAUUCGUCUGAUUGUGUCGACGGUUUUACUUUGGGAGAUCGUUUACUAAAGAAGGUUCACAAACUACAGGCAAGAGAAAAGAAAAUCGAACGUAAAUAUGAAGCAAAAAUUGGUAAAUUGGAACAUAAAGUUAAGCGGAUAAUUGAUAAAAAAACUGGUCUCAGAUCAGAGAAACCACAUACAUCAUUAGGAUCGACCUCGACCAUUGUUUACAAACCGAAAAAGCAUUGUAGUGUGUCAACACAAAAUUCGGCUACAUCAACAACAUGUCCACUAUUGCCACGAGUAGCAGCAUCAGCGCCUUGCCAACCAAUAAUUAAAGUGGAAAAACCUAAACGUUGUUAUAGUAACCGAUCCACCCAAAACUAUGAAAAUGGUACGAAAACGGUUUCAUUCAAAGCGGAUAAAAGUACCACUUGCUGUGACAAUUAUGCUGUACCCGAUGAAGUUGUUGCUAUGAAUGCAAUUCCACUUAAUCGUCAAAUGAUUACCGAAUUUGCUGGACGUGGUGAAAUAAUAUCUAAACGCUGGGAGGUUAUGAAUAAUGGACUUUCUCCUUGGACUGAUGAGACAGAACUACGCUUUACAUGGGGAUCAUCAACUUUAGUACCACUUACUAAAGUCGUUAAGGUUCCACAUUUGAAGCCAGGUGAAACUGGUAUUGUUGAAGUUACAAUGCAAGCUCCAGAUGCACUUGGACGAUUUGAAUCAUAUUGGUAUUUCUUCCAUUCUGGUGUACGUUUUGGCCAUUGGUUGGGAUGUGCAUAUGUUAUUGGUUUACAAAAGGAUGAUCGAUGCCGAAUGCCAGAAGGUGCUGUUGAUUUAACCAUAACAAAAUGCCCACGUUAUUAUGAGGUAGUCGCCCCUAGCUACAAAAAUAAUAAAUGUUCUGGAUAUCAUCAUAUAAGUGCAACAACCGAUGACAUGAAGAUGUCAAAAUCAAAUUCUGCUACUCCAAUUGAUUCGAAAACUUCUCCAGAAGAUUCACAAACUAGAUUCCAGUUGAAAUCAGUUGAAAGUGUCGAUUAUGUGGCUGGUAAACCUGAAAAGUAUGUUGAAGAAGCUGCAGAAGAAACGACAUUAAACUUAUUAAUGGGUGAUAACGAAUCAAAUGCUGAAUGUUUAAAACCGAAAUCGUUUGAACCAAAAUUUAAUGAAUUUGUUGAAAGCUUAAAACCGGAAUCGUGUGAACCAACUAGUAACCAGAUAAAAUUGAAUGAGUAUUUAAAUAAUACUGCUGAUAAAAUCAAUAAUAAAACUGUACCAGAAUCAGUUGAAGAUGAUCACGAUAAAGACGAAGAAGUAGAAUCUCAUCUUAUUUUAGAUUCUGCUGAAUUAAAUAGUGAUUCUGAUUCAGAUAAUAUUUCUGUUAUAUCUGGUACAAUAAGUGUGGGUUCCACUGACCAUGGAGAUGAUUUUGUUUUGAUACCAAUGCCUGAAUUACAGAAAGCUGAGAGUGUAAAAUCAUCAAAUGUCGAAUCGGAUGUUUCUAAUGAGAAUGAUUUGGAACAUGUUGAAAUUGAUACCGCAACAAAUUCUUUAGCAACAGCAACAGGAGGGAUUCUACAAGAAAUUGGUACAAAUACUGAAGUAACCGAAGUAGUCGAAAAACCAACAAGUUACGUACAAUCGUCAAUAUGUGAAACUAAAGUCGAUAAACCAGCAACUUAUUUACAAUCGUCGGCUGAAACUAAAGUUGAAAAACCAGUUUCCUAUCCUGACUUGAAUGAACUUAACAAAAUUGAGAAACCUUCCUGUUAUGUUUCAUCAACUACUACGACAAAUGAUUCGGAGACAAACACAGAAAAUAAGAUAACGGACAGUACUAAUGUAUGUACCAGUACUGAAUGCCCGUGCCCCCUUAGAAAAGUGGUUUCCGAGUUGUAUCAUCCACGACCUUUCGGUUUUCCACAUUGCAGUUUUGGUGAUCCAAAUUGUGGAAGUGGACCAAAUGGUCCUCGUUUUCCACCAUCUUGUUACACACAUUCAAGUCCAGUUAGUCAUCCGACAUGGCGUAACGGAAGCUCUGCUUUUGGUAAUGAUUUUGCAACGUGUGAUCAAACAAAAAAACCUGAAACUGCAACGCCAUUUGCACCCCCAUAUCCUGGAGCAUUGCGUACUUCAGCUAAUUCUGAAAAUUAUAAUUAUCCAUAUCCUGGAUGUAUAUAUCCGGAAUACAUUAAUCAUUCACAUGAUUCAAAUACACGACGUUUUGUAUUUAAUAAUAGUGGAACAGGUUUUGAAACUUAUGCGCAACAAGUAUCUGCCAAUUUAACAAACGAAACCGAUACGAAUAUUGAGUGCGAGGUACGAAAACCAGCCAGAUAUUCAUAUGUAUAUAGUGAAGGUAGACCAAUUCCUGCCACUAAUAUACCGAAACCAGAUCCACCGCAACGAUCAACAACAAAUGUUGAAAUACCCACAACAACAUCAUCAACAAAUGGAGUUCAUAUUUUACCCGAAACUAUUGUGAAUGGAGCUAUUCAAGUUGCCGCAAAUGCAUUUAAUACAGCCUGUAACGUUUAUGACAUGAUUCGUGGUGAGGGUGAAAAUAAUAACAAUGAUCAACGGACACCAUCGUCACAUGGCACUCCAAUACCAUCACCGACUGAGCAACGUAGAAUGUCAGCAUCAUCAAAUGAUACAUCACGAAGUGGAAGUGGACAAACGAAUCCUAGAUCUUUAGAUAAUUGUCUUCAUAUCUUAUAUGAAAUGGGAUUCUAUAAUCGUGAAUUGAAUAUUAAGUUAUUAAAACGCUAUAAUAACGAUUUACCAACGGUUAUCUCAAAAUUGGUUUAAGAAUUCACAUAAUAUAAUAAAAAAAUACUUCUCCACUUUCUGAAAAUAAAACAUAUGCAAACAAACAAUAUUAUAUAUGAUUAGAUCUGGAAUAUUUUAAUUUAUUAUUUCACGUCGUCGCCAUAUUCAUAAUGUGUCAUUAAUUUUUGAAGGUUGUUUUUAGAUCUCCGAAUGGGCUGCCAAUUUUAAAAUUUGUGUCGAUAAUAAAUGGUUAUGAGAAAAUAUAACAAAACCUAAUUAUUUGUAGAAAGCUUUACUUCGUAUAAUAAUAAAAAUUUUCAAAAUUUGACAUGAUUGGGCCAAUAUCGGUAAUUUAGGCCGAGGUGCCCAUUUGGAUAUCUAAAAACAAACUUCAAAAAUUAAUGACACAUUAUGAAUAUGGCCCUUUAUUGCGUUUGGAUCGCUAUAAUUGCAUUGUUUUUUGGAACGUAUAAUUUUUUUUAUUAUUAUUUAAUACACAGACAGAUGAUUCCUAUCGUAACGAUUUUUCAUAAAGUUUUCUGAAGAUUUUUGAAUGUCUUGCAUUGGCCCAUCAUUCUGAACAAUAAUGCAAUUUUGCGCCUCGCAUCUUUAAAAAACAAUUAAUGUUAUUAUGAUAUUAAAAAAGGCGCAAACAGGCCAUAUUCAUAAUGUGUCAUUAAUUUUUGAAGGUUGUUUUUAGAUAUCCAAAUGGGCUGACAUUUUUAAAUUUACCAUGAAAUAAAUCGUUAAAAGAAAAUGACAAUAAUUAUUUGAAAAGAUUUUCACUUCGUGGAACGUAAUAAUAUAAAUUUUUUUUUAAAUUUACAAAAUGUGACAUGUUUGGGCCAAAAUCGGCCAUUUUCAAACUGAAUUUAAAGAAACAGUAUAUUUUAUACGUUGAGAAUUACUUCCUGAGGUGCCCAUUUGGAUAUCUAAAAACAAACUUCAAAAAUUAAUGACACAUUAUGAAUAUGGAUGGCACUUUUAUUGCAUUGUUUUUGGAAUGUAUAAUUUUCGCCAGAAUCAUUUACAUACUUGAAAUUUCUACGUAAAAACUCAAUUGAACGUUUCAAUCGACACAUAGCAGUUCUUGUUUUAGUCGAACCAAACGCAUUAUAAAUAAUUAAAGACUUCAUACAUCUAGAACCAAACUUGAGAAAUACUUCGAAGGAAUAUAUAUAUAAAUAAUUUUACCUUGAAAUUAAAAUAAUGCUUAAGAAUUCUAAUUUCUCCUGGGCGUAAAAUUUUGUUACAUUAACAUUUGUUAGAUUACGAACUGAAGCUGUCAAAAUACAUGUGGCAUGGCGCUCAAAAUUAAAAAUGUAUGUUUUGAUGAACGAUAAAAAUAUGCAGAGACACUGGUAACUGCAAAUUUUUGAGAAUAUGACCCAUGACUUUAACGUCUCUAAAAUGGAAUAUCCAUUGAAUCGAUUGAGCAGCGAAGAAGUAUGGUUUUUGUCGCCAUUGCUGUUUCUUACUAUUAAAACAAUUCAGAUAUAUUGUUAAAAAAGAAAAAAUCUAAAACCAGGUAAUAUUUUAAGUUUUAACCGAAUUCAAGGAAAGGAAUUACCUGUCACAACAUUGACUUCAAAAUACUCAAAAUGUGUGUUAAAUUUCUUAAACGAGGUGUAUUAUUGUCUUUAUUUAAACCAGAUAUCAAUUAUUUUUAAAAUAAAUUUAAGAAUCACAGAAAUCUAUACUAUGAGAUCCGUUAAGUAGAAUUUAAAAGAAUAAAAAAAAUGGGUUGGUUAAUUGUAAAAAAUUUAGCUAGAAUAGUUAAGUCUAUGUUUAAAGUAAUUUUGCAUUUAUUUUUGAAAGAUGGACUGAGUACUUUUUAAAUAAAAUUCUCUUCAAUAAAAUUUCGAAAAUAUUAGCUAAAUAAAGUAUAUAGAUUUGUAGCUAGUUAUAAUCAAAAUUUAACUCUGUCAAAUGUCGAUUUCAAUGGUUGUGUUUACCGAACACAAAGAACACGCGAAAUUUAGAGUAUCGAAUCGGUUAUCAUGACCGUUUGUUUAUAGCUAGUAAUGGAGCUUAUUUGACAUCGUCAGAAGUUUGUACAUUUUUUUGACUGAGACAAAAUUUGAUUA